CUUGAGUGGGAACACAUAGCAUUAGCGCGAGCAUGAGAAAGAUCAUCCGUCGAUAAUGAUGCAUGAACGGCCAGUGUGUUAGGGCUGACCGCCUCAAAGGAUCUCAUGUGAUUUAUCCUACCUAUUCACCAUCUCUUUAUCACCAUCAUCAUCAUCAGCCGCAUCGCUGUAUCGAACAGUCUGGCCAUUGGUCACCCCCAAGUGCUGACAAGAGUGCAGGGGACCAUCGUAAUGUGGACGAAUCCCUCGUCUGUUUCAACGGCUGGUCUGGUUCCUCUCGCUGGGCUGAACUACUGCAAGGCCCAAUUCAUGCCACACCCUGCUGCUGCGGCACCUCGUCUCGAUAUUGCGAUCCUUCAGUGGGAGAGGUCAGGCGUUGAUCCAGGCUCCAGGUAGUUGGUUGCUGGGUAUCAACAGGCAGCUUGCCUUGCUGUGGGAAUUGAAAGAGCAGGCUCCAUGCUGGCAGUGGAGCCAGCUGAACAGCCCGAAGAGGGAGGAUCUGUACCCCAGCGGUGUGGCAAGCAACUUCCUAGCGAGUCAAUCCGAUCCCACCCCCUAACCACCCUCCUAGCCCUCCUCCUCCUCCUCCCUCUCUCUUGCCAUUCAUGGUGCGUUUCAGGUGGUGCAUGAGGCCAAGAUGGCAUUCUUCUUUCACCAUGUACAUCUGCUUCGUCUUUGGUUUCUUCUGUGCAGUCGGCCAUCACAUCUUCUACACGCGCCUCAACGGCCAAAUCGCCAACAACCAAAGCGAAAUGCUCCGUUACGGCACGUUCCUGGCAUAUGCCACAAAGGCGAGCUACGGCGCCGCCAUCGUUUCGGCCUUCAAGCAGCGGGUUUGGGUCACUGUGCGCUCUCGCUUCAUGAGCAUUAGCGGCUUGGACUCGAUGUUUGCUGGCGCAGAGAACAUGCUGGCCAUGCUCAACUUUGACUUUCUCAGAGAUGCAAAGGGGGCAUUUGCGCUGGCUCUCUUUGCGUGGCUGACGCCCCUCAUCGUCAUCCUGACGGCGAAUACCUUGCUCGUUGAACCCAAGUCCAUAUGGCAAGACUCAAGGUGUGGCGGCAUACGAAGCCUCAACUUCUCCUUUGAGUCGACAAAUAGCUGGCGCAAGCCAACCGCGAUCGACGGACUGUACGAGAUCCCUCUGUCACUGUGGAACACCACCCAGAGGCCCAAUCAGACAGAUGCAGGCUGGUUUGACUACUACACAGGCCCAGGCCCCAGCCUUCAGCAGACUGCCACCCUCGCAGCCUUCAUGGAGGAGGUUAUCCCCGUCAAGAACGCCUCUGCCAAUAUUUGUGGGUCUGGCUAUAACUGCACCUUUGUCAUUACGUUUACCGCCCCAGGAUACAACUGCACCGAGUUGGGCAGCGGCGUCGGCUCUGCGGUCAGCAACCUCCAGCAGGAAUCCGGAGAGGCCGUCGCACCUUUCGGAACUGACAUCAUCAUCCCCGAGGGCGACUACAGCUACUAUGCCUUCGCCAGUGGGGGUGAAUACUCUUCCACCCAGCUCAAGGACGUCGGCGUCAGCGGGAUUCCCAACACGCUGCCCCCAUACCCAGACCACUUUGGCGCCCUACGCACCGAGCCCGUCAUCUGGAUUGGCUAUGCUGUGAUUAACAACCCGAACCAGACGCAGCCCCUUCGCAACGAAUCUGGCUGGAGCGAGGCCUUCACCCCCAAAGUCUUUGCCUGCGAGCACCGAGAGACGUUGUACACAGUCAACUUCACCUAUGUCGGCGAGACGCAGAGCACCAAGAUCGUCUCGCACGAGUUUAAAGGCCCCAUCAUCAACACGACUUUUCAGCGCGGCGUCAUGGCCGACGACGGCACGCAGGACAACACGACCGCCACGCCCGAGUCCAACUACAUCUACCCCAAUAACACGGGUCUGUACCGAAAAGUAGCCGCCUACCACUCCCUGGGCGUGAUGCUUCGCAACUUCAUCAACGGCACCAUCACCAUCGCCAACGACGUGACCAACCCAAUCGAGAACACACAGGCCAUCCAGACCAAGGUCCUCGACUCCCUCAACAACUACUUCCCCAACCCUGACCUCGCCGACCAGGUCCAAAAUCUGUAUCAGGACAUCAUCCUUUCGCUCUUCUCCAACCCACAGUUCGUCGAGGUCGUCUGGGCCGCCCAGGCCAACCAGCAGAGCGGCACUGUGCCGCGCGGGGGAGAACCGGAUAACACAUCCGACUAUGAUCAUCCCUGCUUCAUUUUUCGCACGGCCAAUACCUACGCCUACAACAUGCGUGAGCUGUGGAGUGUCUACGCUGUCGCUACGGCUGUCACGCUCGCCAGCGUUGUUGCUGGCGCCUUUGCGAUUCGGGAUAAUGGCGGCGUCACCCGCAACACGCAUUUCUCUAGCGUCGUGGCUGCCACACGGGGGCCUGCGCUCGAGAAAAUCGCAUGGCAGGGCCCGCUGCAGGAUAGAGGGGAUGUCCCGGCCGAGGUCAAGAAGCUGCGGCUUGGGUAUGGCGUGAUG